GUCCUCCUACAGACAGAAACAUGGCAUUUAAUGGUACUUGGAAAAUAGACAGAAAUGAAAACUAUGAAAAGUUCAUGGAAGCGAUGGGUGUUAACAUGAUGAAAAGGAAGCUGGGAGCCCAUGACAAUCUGAAGAUAACUAUUCAACAAGAUGGAAACAAAUUUACUGUCAAAGAAUCCAGCAACUUCCGUACCUUAGAUAUUGAAUUCACUCUGGGAGUCAAUUUUCAAUACAGUCUGGCUGAUGGGACUGAACUUACUGGUUCUUGGAAUAUGGAAGGAGCUAAACUUGUAGGAACAUUUACUAGAAAAGAUAAUGGAAAAGUACUUACAGCAUACAGAGAAAUCAUAGGUGAUGAACUUGUUCAGACCUAUGUAUAUGAAGGAGUUGAAGCCAAGAGAAUCUUCAAAAGGGGCUGAGUACUUUACCCAGAACAGCACCAGAAUCAAAAACCAAUGAAAAAAGACCAUUUUUCUACAUCUUUUUUUUU